GUGACCUCUCUCUUUGCGCUGAAAUCUCGGCUAGAAACGGCUAUUUGUCUUUAAAAAACAUAACAUCCCUGAUUCACAAAGAUGGUCAAGGAAGACAGAGCCACCUGGAAGUCCAACUACUUCAUGAGAAUCAUUAAACUUCUGGAUGAGUACCCCAGAUGCCUCCUCGUUAGUGCUGACAAUGUUGGCUCCAAGCAGAUGCAGAGCAUUCGUGCUGCCCUCCGGAGUGAAGAUGCUGGAGUCAUUCUGUUUGGCAAGAACACGAUGAUGAGAAAGGCCAUCCGUGGUCAUCUCGAGAACAACCCACAACUUGAAAAAUUGUUGCCCCAUCUCAAGGGUAAUGUCGGAUUUGUGUUCACCAAAUGUGAGCUUACCGAAACCCGUGACAAGGUCCUCGGUCAUCGCGUCGCCGCCCCGGCCAGAGCAGGAGCCCUUGCCCCCCUUGAUGUCACCGUCCCCAGGCAGAACACUGGUCUUGGUCCAGAGAAGACCUCUUUCUUCCAGGCCCUAAACAUUCAGACCAAGAUUACCAAAGGAACUGUGGAGAUUAUGAAUGAUGUCAAGCUUGUGAUAGCUGGUGAAAGGGUUGGAGCUUCUGAGGCUACUCUUCUCAACAUGUUGAACAUUUCACCCUUCUCGUAUGGUCUCAUCGUUGAACAAGUCUAUGACUCUGGCACUGUCUUCAGCCCUGCUGUUCUUGACAUCACGGAUGAGGAUCUGCGUGUUAAAUUUAUGGAGGGUGUAUCAAACGUAGCAGCCGUUUCCUUGGUAAUUGGAUACCCAACAACCUGCUCUGCACCUCACUCCAUUGUCAAUGGAUUCAAGAACCUGUUGGCCAUCUCCGUUGAGACUGAUUAUACAUUCAAGGAGGCUGAAAUGACAAAGGAGUACCUUGCGGAUCCAUCGAAGUUUGCAGUGGCUGCUGCCCCGACAGCAGCAGCUGGAGAUGCACCAAAGGAGGAGGAGAAGAAAGAAGAAAGCGAGGAGGAGUCUGAUGAUGACAUGGGCUUUGGUCUCUUCGAUUAAAAUCGCAAUCUUUAAACUGGUGUCCAGAUAACCUUAAGGGUGUAGAAUAAUUGGCCUUUAAAAUACUCUUCUAUUAGUUAGGUAUAGUUGGUAUUUGACUACAGAUAACAUUUCUCAACCUUUACCAAUGAUCACUGAUGUUGUUGGAUUUCCAGGAUAAGAUUGUAAAUUCAUAACCUGUCUAUGCCCACCCAUGGCAUUAAGGAUAAUGUAUGAAAUAAAGAAAAUGAUCAAAUAUAA